GCAUGACAAUUCUUCAGAGAGGUCUUGACAACAAAGCCUCUCUCCUGUUUUCAUGUUUUCAUGCUGUGUGUGUUAGUUACGGUUACUGCUGCUGUGAUGAAGCAGCAUGACAAAAAGCAAGUCAGGGGUCCAAGUCACAGUCCACCGAAGCAAGCCCAAUCAGGAGCUGAAGCCUGCCAGGAGCCUGGAGGCAGCCGCUGAUGCAGGGGCCACGGAAGAGUGCUGCUUUCUGACUUGCUCCUCAUGGCUUGCUCAGCCUGCUUUCUAAUAAAACCCAGAACCACCAGGCCAUGGGUGACACCACUCGCCGUGGUUGUGCCCUCCCAUUGUUCCAGGCCAGGGCUACACAGUGUUUCUUAGUGAGACUCUCAAAAAGAGAGUCUGACUAAGCCUGGCAGAAUUAGAACUCAGUGUCCCAAACUGUUCUAGAACUUACAGUGAUUCUCCUGCCCCAGCCUUACAGUGCUAAGAUACCAGGCCCAGUAUAUUACUCCAUUAAAGCUCCCACUGGAGAUAGCAGCAACGGGAAUGUGGGGGUUCAGUUUCAAACACUAAAAAAAUUAGGACAGGGUCACCACAACACAAGCUCACUUCCCUCACAUCCAUUUCCAAGCCUCUUGGGCUUCUCCCAGGAGUAACCUUCAAUUUCCACUCUCAAGUCAUUAGCCAAAGCAAGAAUAGAAGUAUGCCAGAAUUUCCAGAGGGGACAUGAGUGCUGCAGGAAAGGCUGGGAACAGGCUAGAGAUUUAGAUGAACUGAAGAAGAGAGAGAACACUGAACAGGUUUGGAGGUGUGGGUGAGCAGUAGAGCUGCCUAGAAUUCCUCAGUGAGAGCCUGCCUAGUGUGGGGGAAGUCUUGGUUCAAUCCCCAGAACUGCACAAAAACAAGACACCUUGCACUUUGUCCAGUUUACUACCUCGUCUCCCAGAUUAGAGCAGAAAAACUUCACCUUAUAGGGUCUGAGGGGCUAGCUCUCACAGGGACAAAGCCAGCACUAGUGUGACACCUGUUGAUUGGAUGUGACAAACCCCCUGAAGUGCUAUACAGAGCAGCUUUGGUGCUCUAAGAGCAACACUGCUCAGCAAGCUAACCAUGGCUUGUGCACCCCACAAUCUAUGCCUCAGCAGUGGGGACGCAGAGCGCAGAGGAGCCGGGUGGAGUGUUGGUUUUGUGGUCCAGGCUGGCUGAAGGAUGAUUUGCUGGGUUUGCAGGUGUGCUCCGUCCAGCCGGGUUUCCACCAUGCUGGAGAUGGAAUCCAGGGUUUCGUGUAUGCUAGCUAAGCACUGUACUGUCUAUGCCCUGGGAUCUUGAGGGCCCCAUACAUUAUCUAAGUUGACCCUAAAUCCAAGAGCAAGCCACUUGUGCCAGAGAAGACACAGCAGAGGCAAUGUGCAGGGGUGUGGGGAGACUAGAGAUCGGAGCAAGGGAAGCGGCCCCCAACCAAGCAUGCCAAAGGCCCUGGGAGGUGACUGUUCUAAGGCUUGCCCCCCUGGGUCUGGCAGCGAGAGCAUAGCCAGCUGGACUCCUGCCUCUACACCCCAUGGGGAUAAACUGUUCUUCCCCCUGAGACAGGGUUUCUCUGUGUAGCCCUGGCCAUCCUGGAACUUAACUCUGUAGACCAGGCUGGCCUCUACCUCCCAAGUGUUGGGAUUAAAGGUGUGUGCCACCACCACCAGGCUGGGGAUAAACUUCUGCAGUUUUUAGCUACUCAACUUGUAAUCUUUUGUUAAAUCAGUAAGAAGCUAACACAAGAGUUAUCUCACGAGCCAGGCUCAGUAGUCCCAGCAGAGGCAGGAGGAUCUCUGUGAGUUCGAGGCCAGCCUGGUCCACAAAGUGAGUCCAUGACAGCCAAGGCUACAGAGAGGAACCCUGUCUCGAAACACACUCACAGACACACACACACACACACACAGAGUCAUCCCAGAUCACUGUGGUUGAAACAAAGAGCUGCAGGGACUGUGGGUCCAGUUUGUAAGCUUUGGUGAAGAUUGGGAGUCCUGAGGCCAGCAUCAUCAUCAUCAUCCAGCCUUUUGAGAUGGGGUCUCAUGUGGCCAGGCUGAAACACAGGAGAGAACUUUUCCCAGGAUUCAGAAUUCACAUUGGAGCCCUAGUAGAAAGGCAGACAAAGCCCCUGGAUCUUCCAAUAGGUAGGUGAGCUGUCACUCAAACUUAGACCCACAAUCAGUAUCACAGUUGGCCUCUUUUUGCUUUAAAUUUGUGUGUUUUCACCGUUGCGCUGCGCAUGAAGAGCAGAGAGCAGCCUUUAGAAGUGGGCUUUCUCUUCUCUGUGGGUCCCAGGGAUUUAAUUCAGAUUAUCAGGCUUCAGAGUUGGCACUUUUACCUGCUGAGCCCUCUUGCCAGCCUUGGUAUUGUUUGUUUGAUUGGUUGGUUAGGUUUUCUUGUGUUUUAUGUUUUUGAGACAGGGUCUCACUGUGUAGCCCCAGCUGGUCUGCAGCUUACUGUGUAGGCCAAGCUGGCCUUGAAUUUACAGAGACCCAUCUCCCUUUCCCUCUGCCUCUCCUAAGUGCUAGGAUUAACAAUGGCAUCGUCACAACGUCCUGCCUAGUAUGAGACAGGGUCCAUAGGAGCCAAGGCUAACCUUGACUCCUGGUCCUCCUGCCUCCCCUGUAUCACAUUCUUCAUUCUUGGACUUUCAGGCACAACCAGCUCCUUCCUGAAUUGCCUCAAGGCGAACUCAGGUGCCGUCCAGGUGCCAGGCCUGAUAAAUGGCGCUCCCCAUACUUGGAAAAUCCCCAAGGAUUUAUUUCCUAGGAACUAAAACCAAAACCCAGACACGUCCCGUGCUAGCCAGCAGUGAUGGACUAGGAUGAGGUCAGGGCCUGCCAGUACGUUCACCGAAUUAAUGCCUGUGUAGUUGCUGCUCCGGCCAGGCCAGGCGUAGUUCUGGGUGCAAGGAUUUUGCAGGGUGGAAACAGCCACCGAAGAGGCCAAGAUAAUGGGAAAGAUAAGCAAACCGCAGGGAGUGUUAAGUGGUGAUAACACAGCAGGGUGAGUCUGAUGCUGCAAGGGUUGCCACUGGGAAAGGGGUGUCAAGAAGCCUUUGCCUGUGUGGGUAAGCGAAGCCGUGGAGGAGGGCACAGGUAUCUGGAGGGAAGGCUAUUUCAUAGCUAGCGGAAAGGCCCUUGGGCAAGAGUAUGCCCACCUCAGACACACCAAGGAUGGCUAGGUUGGAAAGGAACAACGCAUGAGGUUAGAAGGGGGAAGGGUCUAGGUAAGCACAGGGUCACACUGCAGCUCUACAUGGCCACUUUUUGGAGGGGUCAGGCAGGGCUACAAAUUGAGUAAAGGGCCUUGAGCAUGCUAGGCAAGUGCUCCGCCACUGACUCGCUAGUGGAUUCUGAGCAGCUGCUCUCCAACUGAGCUGUGUGCCGGUCCUUUGUACUUUUUGAGACAGGGUCUUAGUGAAUUGCUCAGGCCAGCAUUGAACCAAGGCCAGCCUCCUUCCUCAGGCUCCUUGGUAACUGGGGUGACAGGUCUGGACCACCAUUCUUUGCUGGAAGACUGGACUUUGAUCCCGCAUGAAUCAGGAGCCCAGACUGGAGGGACUCAGCUGACAGGUUCACAAGUCUGCAUCCCUGGGAGCAGAUGGGGGCUAGGAAGAAGGGAACUCAGAAAGGAGGCCAUUGUGACAGUCCUUAUGGGAGAUGGUGGAGGCAAGGCCAGUAUGGUGGCAGCUGAAGUGACUGGUACUGGUCAGUUCUACAUACACUUCGAAGGCUUGGUUGCACCCUGUCGCUGUCCGUGAGCGGUCCAAGCUGAGACCUGGGGCCUUGCCACUUGUCACCACUAGGCGGCGCGUCCCACGUCCCGCCCGGGCACGAACGCAGCCCUGGCACUGUCUACCCCAAAGCUUCCUUUCACUUUCGGGGCUUUAGCUGUCACCCAGCUCGGUCCUUCCACACCCAGUUGAGCAAGCCUGGUGCUUGGGGUGAAUGGCUUUCUAGGUCCCUGAAGGGUGGUCCCAAAGUCCCCACUGCCAGGCCAAGGGAGCAGGACCCUGCCAUAGGCAUGAGGGGUCCCCGGCAGAGAUGACAGUGCUGGCACCAGCCUGGAGCCCAAAUGUGAGUAUGUAUACCUGAGGGGUGAUGGGGAAGGGAGAUGGGCAGGGGAUGGAGGCAUGAGGAGAUAGACACAGGACAGCAUCAGAAGAAGAGGACGGGAUGGUGCAGGAUGAGAUGAGGAAAGAUGGACACAGGUUUGUCACACCAGUCAAGGUGCAGGACAGGCAGGGACAGGGAAAAUGACACUCAGUUAAGGAAGGAAGCAGGAUACAGGGAGCCCCUGAAUGGAAGUCAGGCGCCGACAGUACCAUCCUGUAGUCCUGCCACCGCUGCUGCUGCUGCUGCUAAGCCCUUGCCUGAGGGACACACCUGACUGUUACUUUAGCCACAGUCCCGUCUCUACCAGCUUCCACAGGAAGAUCAACAAGCUGACUGACCACCUGCUUAAAGAUUACCCAGUCACUGUGGCCAUCAGUCUUCAGGAUGAGAAACACUGCAAGGCCUUGUGGAGCCUCUUCCUGGCCCAGCGUUGGAUGGAGCUGCUGAAGACUGUGGCAGGCCUUCUGGAGGCUGUCAACAAGGAGAUAUAUUUUGUCACUUCGUGUGCCUUCCAGACUCUGCUGUGACAUGGUGCUGACCUGCCCCUCCCAGAAUGCCUUCGAUUCGUCCAGACCAUCGUCUCCCACCUCCUGCAGGACACCUGCGUGCAGCUGUUGGCUCUGUAGCCCUGUAUGGGGAAGGCCUGCCGGAAUUUCUCUGGUGCUGGAGGUGCAGCGCCAGCGGGUAACAGCCCAGAGCCUUCCGCACUGUGUCCCAGGGGCCCCCACUAGCUGAGACUUGAGACAAGUUCUUUCUCCUUUUUUUUUUUUCUCAAAAAAGAUUUAUUUAUUUUUAUGCGUAUGAGUGUUUUAUCUACAUGCCUAUAAGUACACUGAAUGUGUGUCUGUGUUUGGUGCCCAAAGAGGCCAGAAGAGGGCAUCAGAUUCCCUGGAGCUGGAAUUACAGAUAAGACCAUGUGGGUCCUGGGAAAUGAAACCAGGUCCAAGGCAAGAGCAGCAGGUGUUCUUUUCUUUCUAGUUUUUGUUUUUGUUUUUGUUUUGUUAUGUUUCUUUUGGUGGUUUUUUCUUUCUUUUUCCUUUUUCUUUUUCA